CUCUCCUCCUUCAAAAUUAACAAACAAAAGAAGAAAACGAAAAAAGAAAAAACCCAACUCUCUCUCCCUCUCUCUCUCUCAUCAAAAUCAAGUAAAACCAUCAUUCAAAUCUCAAAUCCACUCCAUUCAAAUGCUUUUAUUCCCAAUUCUCUGCAACCCAUCUUCAUAAAAUUCAUCCUCUGUUUGUUCUUCUAUCUGUUUCUUGAAGAAAAAUCUCAUUUGGGUUUUUGAAAUGGCAGUUUCAGCUGCGAAUUCCCAUCUUCUCUACAGAGAAUUCCAUAACAGAGACCAACCACAGCCUUUCAACUCUCUCUGCAAUUCGAUAUCGGUUUACGGGGCUUCGGGAAUCUCUUCGUCUCUCGGAAGCGAUAGCAGAAAGAGUGAGAGAAGAGUACCAAGAAGACCAAGAAGAUCUGAGCCGUUGAAAGCGGGUGCAUUCUGGCAAGGUGUGUCGAGGCCCACAUCGAUCGAACUGGAAGCAAUCACGAGCGUCGAGCAGUUCGAUCAGAUCCUUUCUACGGCGAAGGAGAUUUCGCAGCCGAUUAUCAUUGACUGGAUGGCUAAUUGGUGCAGGAAAUGCAUAUAUUUGAAGCCUAAAUUGGAGAAACUGGCGGCCGAGUAUGAAUACAAGAUCAAAUUCUAUUUCGUGGAUGUCAACAACGUACCUCAAGCUCUCGUGAAGCGUGGAAACAUCUCUAAAAUGCCAACAAUUCAGCUAUGGAAAGAUGGAGAGAUGAUAGAAGAGGUGAUUGGGGGCCACAAAGCAUGGCUUGUGAUUGAUGAAGUCAAAGAAAUGAUACAAAAACACAUUUAAUGUAACUGUUUUUUUACCUUCUUAUAUCUUAAUCAUCCUUAUUAUUUCUAAUUACACGAUUAUCAUC